CCCUGACAGCCGUCCAAGUCGACACUGCAAUCCACCAUGGAAGAAGAAGGCACAGUGCUGAUAACAGGCGGAAACGGGUCCCUCGCCAUCCCAGCCAUCCAACGUAUUCUCUCCGAAUACCCGUCUUACACGGUGAUAGCCACAGUCCGCAACACCUCUGACCAAGACGCAAAUACCGCCACCCUCCUCAAAGCCAUCGCCGCGUUCCCCGCCGCGAAAUGCCAGCUCCGAACGCUCAAUCUGUCGCGCCUCGCGGAAGUAUCUGCUUUCGCGGACUCCAUUCACGCCGACAUCGCCAACGCCGCUAUCCCAAAACUCGUGGCCGUCAUAUGCAAUGCCAUGACGUGGUCGUUGAACGACGGCAUCAAGCUCACCCCCGACGGCCUCGAGACUUCGCUAGCGAUCAACCACCUCGCGCAUUUCAGCUUGGUGCUGCGGCUCGUGGGGGAUCUGAAAGCUGCCAAAGAUGGGCGGAUUGUGUUUCUGGGCAGCGAUGCUCAUUCUAACCCUGGGUUUGGAGGCCUCAAACCGGAACUCCCGCUGGAUCUCCAAGACCUUGCGUAUCCGCCGCCGGAUAAGAAAGGCGAAGAGGCUUCGAAAGGGUUUUAUAGGUACGGCAUGUCCAAGUUGGUGGGGAUUAUGACGGCGUAUGAGAUGGAGAGGCGGCUUAGAAAGGAUCCCCAAUUCGAGAACCUAUCCGUCCUCACUGUCGAUCCAGGCGGUCUCCUAGACUCUCGAGCUUUCUCCCAGGGCGACGUGCCGCGCAUGUGGGCUGUGAUGAUCGGCAUCUUGGGCUGGCUGCAUCCAGUGCUCAAGUACCUGCUUCCCCAAGUGCGAUUCACGGCGACUGCGGCGGCAGGCCUGGUGGAUAUCGCCCUUCAUCCCCGAUAUGCCGGCAAAGCCGGGUAUUUCGUCAUGGAUAAACCAGCGGAGAGCAGCAAGGCCAGUCGGGACGAGGAGGUCCAGCAAGCGUUGUGGGAAAAGAGCGUUGGAUGGAGUGGUCUGGAGCAGAAAGAUUCUGCUUUGCGCUUGUAA